AUGACAUACAAUCCCUACGCAUCAGUCGUUGUGCCGUCCCUGGCCGCCAUGGCCAGCUUCAGCAAUAUCCUCACCAAGGCAAGCCACCACGACGGCGCCGACGCCUCCUCGCUUCUCGCUGCACGCCUGUAUCCAGACAUGAAACCCAUCGGCUUUCGGGUCUGGGCAGCGACAAACUGCGCGGCCCGCCUCACGGCUCGGUUAGCUGGGGCCGACCUGCCUGGCUGGGCAGACGACCUUGUGACCUUUGACGAUAUGCUCGCGCGCAUUAAAGAGGUGCAGGACUACAUGAGGACCUUUGACGAGGCGACAAUCAACGGCCGGUUAAAAGAGCCCAUAUACUUGCGACCAGACUAUCAGACAGAGGAGCUGCAGCCUUACUCGAGCGAGGCUGUGGCGUUUGGGUCGAGCUUGCCCACAAUACUGUUCCACCUUACAAUAGCGUAUUCGAUUCUACGAAGCGAGGGCGUUCCAUUGGACAAGGAAGACUUUAUCCAGGCAUUUAGUGAGGGAUAUAAACCUAUAACACAGUGA